UGAACAUCUGUUUACGUUUUAAAAACAAAGUGCACAAUGUGCACAUGGAACGACAACAGUUGUUUAACCUGUCUGCAGCCGGUGGAGCAACAGCAUGCGCUGCCAACAGAACUGGAGAAACUUUUACUUACACACUGCGGAUGGCAAGAGGAGGAGUUGAAUUCAUUUCAAAGGCAGCUUUGCGCCGCUUGUGUAGAGCAGCUGCAGCAAUUUGGGCAUUUCCAAAAACAAGCCAACGACAGUCGCAAGGAGUUGCUGGCGCGAUUGCAGCAGAAAACGGAAUUUGAAUUUGCAGAGACGGAGCCGGAGGAAUUGCAGCAUUUAAAGCUGGAGCAGCAGACUAAGACGCCGUCGCCCGAUCCUUUUGAUGAGCCUGUGCCGCUGCAGGAGCCAGUGGCCAGACGACGCUACAAGUGCUCGGAAUGCAAUCACAGCUUUGCCAGCAGCUUGACGCUGGCGGGGCACAAACGCAAAAUGCACGAGGGCAGCAAGCGCGCCUUUCAAUGCGAUCGCUGCGACAAGGCCUAUAGCUAUAUAGGCGGUCUGUAUACGCACAUCAAGGAGGUACAUGAGCCGCUGGUGCGUGCCUAUAGCUGCGAUGAACCGGGCUGUGGACGCCAGUACACCAGCUGCAAGGCCAUGCAGCAGCACAAACGUCUCAAGCAUGAAGCGCGCGUGCCGCUCAAGAAAUAUAUUUGUGAGCAGUGCGGCGAUAGCUUUAACCAAACCUCGAAUCUCAAGUAUCAUCGACGCAGCAAGCAUCCCACGCCGGAAGAACUGGAGGCUAGAACAACAACGCCGCCAAGUGCACGUCACUGCUGUGAGCUUUGCCAGAAACAGUUCCAUUCCAUUUACACAUUAAAGUAUCACAAACUGCAGCAGCAUGCGGCCCCCAAUGAUGCCACAACGCAGCUGCAACACGAGUGUCCCGAGUGUGGCAGGCGUCUGGCCAAGCGAUUUAUGCUGGUGCAACAUAUGCUGAAGCAUAGCCUGGACAAGUUACCCUGCGAGCACUGUGGACGCCGCUUCACACGCAAAUUCGAGCUGGAGGCUCACAUUCAAGCAGUGCAUCUCAAGCUUAAGCCAUAUGCCUGUAAAUAUUGCCUGGAGCGCUUUGCCUCGCGCAAGACGCGACUGCAUCACGAGUAUAUACACACCGGGGAGAAGCCUUAUGUGUGUGAUGUCUGUAAUCAGGCGUUCCGUCAGCCCACAUGCCUUAAGAAUCAUAGCAAGCUCCACGAUAAACUGCUCUGCUAAUGAAACAGAGUGAGAGAGAGAGCAACAGCUGAUCGUACUGUUUGCUUGUGGAUUCUGUGGAUCGUAGGAAUGCGCGCUCGCCCACUUCUGUUAAAAUUAAGUUUUUU